AUGGAGCUCGAGCCCCAGUCACAGCCCUCCGUCAUUUCCAUCACCACAUGGAAGCGCAAACGAUGCGCGGAUGAGCAGACCAACCCAGCCCUCACAUCACCAGCCAAGAAGCUCAAAACAUCAGUAAAAUGCACCCAAAUCACUACCGAAAAGCCUACAACUACCAGUCGCAACACACCCGGCUCAAAAUCCACGCUCAUCCCCCGCGGCCCCCGCAAAAAGGCCACUAUCGGCGUCAAAGACGAAUCCCUCCUCCUCAUGCUCUGCGACAGCAACACAACCCCGCGCAAAACAACCGAACUACACUUCCGCAAGAUCCCGCACUCCCAUAUCGACUGGCAUAACCCCCACCACAUCUCCCAGAUAAACGCCUGGCGCAACCAAAUCUACGGGCGCGCCGGCCUGAAAGCCCGCUCCGUCAGUCUCUGGUACGAAGCCGAGGAACUGUGGUUCGAGCUCUACUUCCAGCUCUCCAUCGUCGAGGCGCGGAAGCGCGGGAUCAUGCUUCCGGGGAAUGUCGAGAUGGAGGCUGUUGUCAAAGAGGAGGAGGUUAGGGAGAUGGAGGCGAAAGAGCUCGAUGCUGUUGCUGCCUUGGUCAGCCUCGCCAACUCGCCGGUUGACUCUAGGUGUGACUAG